AGGACUGGCUGCCGGCGGUGCGCUCCGGGCCGGCGCGGUGCGCUCGGUGCGGGCGGGCGCUGCUGCUGCUGGUGCAGGUGUACUGCCCGCUGGAGCGCGGCCCCGCGCACCGCGCGCUCCACGUGUUCGCCUGCGCCGCGCCGCGCUGCUGGGGAGCCGCCCGCAGCUGGAAGGUGCUGCGCUCCCAGUACUCGCAGGCCCAGGAGAAAGAACCCCGAGAUCUCGGCGUCAAACAGAAAGAAGAAUGGAACUCUGCUGCAAAGGAUUGGUGUGAAGAUGCGGAUGACUGGGGAGCCUGUGAUGGAGCAGAGCCUCCUGCAUGUGCCUCCCUUGAGCUGCUUGGCCUAAAGGAAGCUGUGAGCAGUGAGGUGGAGUUUGCAUCCCGGCUCCAGCAGCUGCACCUGUGUGAGCCUGCUGAUGGCUCGGGUCCCCAGGACACACAUCCUGCAGCCUGGGAGGACAUGGAUGACCCAGGUGCCCAGGACACACAUCCUGCAGCCUGUGAGGACAUGGUGAUGGCAACGGCUGCUUCAGCUCCUGUGUUCCAGCCCUUCUACAUUAAUGUUGUGGAUGAGGAAGACUACAUGGGUUUCCUUGACACACAUCAUGCACAUAAGCUACUGAAGGAGUAUCAGCAGAGAGAGUGUGUUGAUUUGGAACAGAUGAUGUCAGAAAGUUUUGCAGGUGAAGAUGGUAAUGAAAAAUAUGAGAAGAGUGAAGUAAAAAGCUGGGAUCACACAUUCCAUAAAUUCAUGAAAAGAAUAUCUAUCUGUCCUGAACAGAUUCUAAGAUACUCUUGGGGUGGCCAGCCUUUAUUCAUCACAUGUCCUCCAGCCAACCUGGACCAGGAUAUUCCAGCCUGCAGUAACUGUGGAAGCAGCAGAGUGUUUGAGUUCCAGCUGAUGCCCACUCUGGUCAGCAUGCUUCAGAGUGACUCAGAUCUGUCAGUGGAAUUUGGAACUGUUAUAGUUUACACGUGUGAGAGAAGCUGUUGGCCGACAAAUCAUCAAACUCCUCUUGAAGAAUAUAUUUUUGUACAAGAAGACCCAGAUCAGAGAUUAUUUAAAUAAAUUGUAUUUCUCUGCAUAGAUGAAAA